AUGACGACCUCAAGCGGUUCUUCCUCACCUCUCUCCUCCAUCUCCUCCCCCCUCUCCAGCGUGGCAUCGCGAUCGCCAUCUCCUCCAAGAGACUACCCGUCGCCACCAUCCAGCCAUGAGUCCGAGAAAGGAUCCAAGUCAAAGUCGCGCAAGGCGCUCCACAGCUCAGAUUGCGACGAUUCUUCCCCACCCCCAAAACGACAGCGGAUCACGAAAACCAAGGAAUUGAAGACCGAGUACCUCGACCUCUUAGAAUUGUACGACAGCGACGAAGAUGAGGUGCAUAAAAAGCAUGAUAAAAAGAUGAGGAGAUUGUUGGAUGUUCUUCGUACAAAGCGCAGAAUUGUGAUAAUUGCUGGGGCUGGUAUCUCGGUAUCUGCUGGUAUACCUGAUUUCCGCUCUUCGACUGGCCUCUUCACAACUCUGAAGUCACAGAACAAGCUCAAGACUUCAGGGAAGCAACUAUUCGACGCGGCAGUCUAUCGAAAUGGCAGCUCCACGAGUUCAUUUCAUGACAUGGUUCGAGAAUUGGGACAUUCAACGAAGAAUGCAAAGCCUACCGCAUUCCAUCACAUGCUCGCAACACUUGCAGAAGAAGGUCGCUUGAUGCGUCUGUACACUCAGAACGUCGAUGGCAUUGAUACCGCUCUACCGCCCCUCGCAACGACAGUGCCACUCAACCCCAAAGGUCCCUGGCCAAAAACUGUCCAACUACACGGUGGAUUAGAUAAGAUGGUUUGCAGCAAGUGUGGUGAUCUACAGGAUUUCAAAGGCGCCCUGUUUGAAGGUCCUGAGGCUCCUUUGUGCACUGAAUGUGAAACCAUCGAUGCUGUACGAUUAGCGAGUGGUCUACGAAGUCACGGCAUUGGCCGAUUACGACCAAGAAUGGUUCUGUACAACGAACAUAACCCAGACGAAGAUGCUAUUGGGGCUGUCAGCUGCGCCGAUCUAAAGAGAGUUCCCGAUGCUGUCCUGGUUGUAGGCACAAGUCUCAAGAUUCCUGGUACCCGUCGCCUGACGAAAGAAUUAUGUUCUGUAACUAGAGCUCGACGGGGAGGAUUUACUGCUUGGAUCAAUCUCGACCCAGAACCUGUCGGCAUCGAGUUCAAGGAUUGCUGGGAUAUGGUUGUACGCGCUGAGUGUGACCAAGUUGCUUUGGCAGCUGGACUACCAAAAUGGGAUGACAAGGAUUGUGGAGACUACGUCGUUGGUGGACCUUUUCUGGCAGACAUCAAGUACAGUCGUCCUUCAGUUGUUCUCAGCGCAAAGCCUGCACCGAUCGCUGCAGUCAAGGCUCAAGGGAUUCUCACCCCUACGGACAGUCCCCGACAGCAAAGUCCGGACGCUUCGAAUGGCCCACCAAAAUUGAAGCAGACCUCUUUAGCAUUCGCACCUCCACCUACAGGCGAUCUGGAUGCAAAGAAGAAAAAGACUGGCCGGCCAAGGAAGCCAUUACCAUCAAAGCCAACAAAGGCUAUCAAUGCAAUCAACAAUACCUUCACCGCUACCAAGGCGACAAAACGACCAACCGUCAAAGCCCUCGAGUCAGAGAAUACUCGACCAUCCGUCCUAUUUCCUGGUCUGGCCUCCAAACCUUCCGAUACAGAACCUACCACUCCUCCGAGAUCGAGCCAAAUCUCCGUCGAAAUUCCAUUCAAUAGACACGAGACGAUCUCGCCCAAAGGUGCAAUUCCAUCUGGAAUGGCCAACCUACUCGACUGA